GAACCAGAUUCUUCUGUUAGGCUGGGGACUUCAGAUUUAUACUUAUGACUACAAGCAGAAUGUAGCCUAAUGCCUUCAUAAUAAUCUGUGCAGGUAUUCAGAAUGAAUCUGGAAAAGCUCAGCAAACCAGAACUACUGACGCUAUUUAGUAUUCUUGAAGGCGAACUAGAAGCAAGAGAUCUUGUCAUAGAUGCCUUAAAGGCCCAGCACAGAAACACUUUCAUUGAAGAACGCUAUGGAAAGUACAACAUCAGUGACCCAUUAAUGGCUCUGCAGAGAGAUUUUGAGAUGCUGAAGGUGGGAAAUCAUGGCGAAAAGCAACCAGUUUGCGCCAAUCCUUUGUCUAUCCUAAAAGUAGUGAUGAAACAUUGCAAGAAUAUGCAGGAAAGAAUGCUCUCUCAACUAGCUGCUGCAGAAAGCAGGCACAGAAAGGUGAUACUGGAUCUUGAGGAAGAGAGGCAGCGGCAUGCCCAAGACACUGCUGAAGGAGAUGAUGUCACCUACAUGUUGGAGAAGGAGCGGGAGCGGCUGACUCAGCAGCUGGAAUUCGAAAGGACCCAAGUGAAAAAAUUUGAAAAAGAGCAGAAGAAGCUGUCGAGCCAGUUGGAGGAGGAGCGGGCACGCCACAAGCAACUGUCCUCCAUGCUUGUGCUGGAGUGCAAGAAAGCCACAGCCAAGGUAGUGGAAGAGGGACAGAAGGCAGGGGAGCUGAGCCUGAAACUGGAGAAAGAGAGGAGCAAAGUGAGCAAGCUGGAGGAGGAGCUGGCCUCCAAGAAGAAGCGGGGUUUGCAGAUGGAGGCACAGGUGGAAAAGCAGCUCUCAGAGUUCGACAUUGAAAGAGAACAGCUGAGAGCUAAGCUGAACCGAGAAGAGAACCGGACAAAGGCACUCAAGGAAGAGGUGGAGAGCCUGAAAAAAGCCCUGAAAGAACUGGAGGUUCCUUGCCAGGGCACCAACCCUGCUGAGCACUCACAACAAAACCCCUCAAUGAUGUCCAGAGGUAUAGAAACAGAGAGCCCACUGGUGAGGUCUGUGUCUUGCCAGACAGAAAGUUCCCAGGCAGAGAACACCAAUCUGGGCAAUACAGGCAUAACUGCACACAUGGCCCUUCCCAGCCCUGCCACACCUACCCAUCCCUAUGCUAAAGCAAAUGGGCACUGUGACACAGACAUGCAAACAAGUAGUGACCUAGUGCAGACAGACAUAGCAGAGAACCAGGCACUGCUGAGAGAGAAGCCCGUUGGUCCAGUCCCAGAAAGUGCAGUUGAGAAUGGAAGUUCCCCUGUAAGAACAGAAUCUCCUGUGUAUAUGAUCCCACAGCUUCCUUCUGGUGGGACGUCUCUCUCUCCCAGCAGCACAGCUGCCUCAUCUCUGACAUCUUCUCCAUGCUCGUCCCCAGUUCUGACUAAACGUUUGGUAGGAGCUUCAGGAAAUAGCCCUGGUUACCAGUCGUCCUAUCAGGUGGGGAUCAACCAACGUUUCCAUGCUGCCAGACACAAAUUCCAGUCCCAAGCUGAUCAGGAUCAUCAGUCGAGUGGCCUGCAGAGCCCACCAUCGAGGGAUUUGUCUCCUACCCUUGCAGACAACUCCGCUGCCAAGCAGUUAGCCCGCAACACAGUCACUCAGGUUCUUUCCAGAUUCACCAGUCAGCAGGGACCUAUAAAGCCAGUCUCUCCGAAUAGUUCGCCCUUUGGCACGGACUAUCGGAAUCUGGCCAACGCUGCGAGUCCAAAAACCGAGUCCAGCCCGGGCAAAGUUUCUAGCCCGCUGAGCCCAUUGUCUCCUGGAAUUAAAUCCCCAACAAUCCCUAGAGCAGAAAGAGGGAACCCUCCACCUAUUCCUCCAAAGAAACCUGGCCUGGCUCAGUCCCCAGCGACUCCUACCCCACUAACCAAAACCCCUUCCCAGGCAUCCUCUCUUGGUGCCACCAUGGACUUGGCAAGUAGCUGCUCUAACAAUGCCGUAGUAGCCAACGGUAAAGACAUUGAGAUACUGUUGCCAACGAAUAGCUAAUCUUUAGAAAACGUGACUGUAGCAUUCCAUGGCUUAGCGUCCUAGAGCUAAGAGACACUGUUUUAUCCACUCCACGUUAUUUAUUUGGGUAGUAGCAGAAUGGGUCUGUAUAAUUCCUUUAGUGUACUUUUUUUAAAAAUAGGUAGGAAAUUUUAUGUUGAUGUAUAAACCUUAACUAUAGAGCUGUAAGUUAGCCUCUAAAGGUGUCUCCUGUCAGCAGUCAAAUGAAACAAGGAGGGAAGAAAAUGUGCUGGGAGCUGACUCGCAAACUAUAAUGGGGCUGAAGCAUUCAUUUUAAUUUAUGCAGAAAUCCCUUGUGCAGAUUUUUAUUCCAGAUGAACACUGUAUAAAAAGUGCCUGAACUAAGCCUGUGAUAUGAAUGUGGUUUUCUGUACAAAACAAAAAAGGGACCAUCUAACCGCAGAAAUAACAGCCCUUCUAUGAAUCAUGAAUGUUUAAAUCACUGUUUUUUAAUCCUUUCCAAUUGUUCUUAAAUCAAGUUUGUAAACUACAUGCUACAGAAUGAAAAUCUUUCAAAGGUGACCACAAUGUGGCCCCAGUUUUGCUGUCCUGUUAGGAUGUAGUUCCUGUUGACAUCAGAGGAGAUGCACAUGAGUAUGUUAGGGUAGAUUUUUGGUCCUACUGUUUAGCUCUGUGCAACCCAAUCCCUUUUCUUUUCCACUGGAGUUGUCCAAAAACAGUGACAGCAUUAAACAGUCAGGGUGCUAGUUUCCUGCAGUUCAUUAAUUUCCCACAUUGAUGUCUCGCUGUAGGUUAAAUGGCUAAGGAUUCAUUCCUGGUGCUUCACCUUUGAUUUUAAACUUCUUCAAGCAAUCUACUGUUGUGUGUGGGGGGGGGGGGGGUGUAGAGAACUUGUGAGAUAAGGAUCUUGCUAUUACUUGAAAAGAGAAAUUGCUAGUCAUUCUAUACAGUAAGAUGGGAUCUUUACUAAUAAUCAAAAGCAAUAAGUUAAGUUGCUUACUUUGUAACAAUACUGUAUGUCAGACUGACAGAUUUUACUGAGUAGUUUGCUGUAGGAUCCUGCUAGCCUCAGUGGCUGCAGCUGUGGAACCAAAUUAUUAACUUUCAUAUAUAAAUAUGCAUAUAUGUAUAGAUAGAUGCACCGAUGUACAUGUUACACACACAAUGCAUAUAUUAAUCUUAGUCUGGUUGUUAUUGAAGUUCUCCAUAAUUCAUAAAGAAAAGGUGGAAAUACACUCUUAAGAUUAUAAAAUAAGAGCAGGUUGUUUUUUUUUUUUUAAAAAAAAAGGGGGGGGGGAAGUCUGCCUGACUUUGGAGUUCAGUUUGCAACAGAUUCAAUAACUUUUACCUGUGCUGUGAAGUAAAUGCUAAGUCUACAGACCUCGCUGCAAACCUAUGCUACUCACAUUCAAAUAGGACAGCAGAGUCUAGUGUGUGACGACACUACAGUAAUGGACACUAAAUGUAACAAGAUAAAUAGAACAGAGAGCAGGGUUACAGUCUGGAAUCUAACCUGAAUGAGUGUGUAUCCCAAAUGCCAAGUGGCACAGAUUACGAGACUGAUCCUAAACUUAGAAAUCUGUUUUGCUGCUUGAUGUCAGGCCAUUUUUAGCCAUUCUGUCUACAGCAACAGAGAGCCUGGAGUAGUGUUUCCCACAGUUGGGUGCUUGCUCCUCUGUUUUAGUUAUUCAGCACACAACUAAACAAAGCACUUGAUACUUUAUUUUAGGAAAGAUUCCUGCAGUGGUUGGGAGGAUGCACUCCUAUACAUGAUAUAAUAGGUCUCUUCCAGCUCUGAGUCUUAAUUUAUAGUACAUCAGAAUUCUUGAACUGCAUUAGUAGAUGGUAUCCUAACCAACCCUUUUCUACCCCACCCCACCCCCACACACACAUAACAGCCAUACUGGGUCAGACCAAAGGUCCAUCUAGCCCAGUAUCCUGUCUUCUGACAGUGGCCAAUGUCAGGUUUCUCCCAGGAGGGAAUGAACAGAACAGGUAAUCACCAAGUGAUCCAUCCCCUGUUGCCCAUUCCCAGCUUCUGGCAAACAGAGGCUAGAGACACCAUCCCUGUGCAGCCUGGCUAAUAACCAUUGAUGGACCUAUCCUCCAUGAAUUUACCUAGUUCUUUUUUGAACCCUGUUAUAGUUGUGGCCUUCACAACAUCCUCUGACAGAGUUCCACAGACUGACUGUGUGGGGGGGGGGAAAUACUUCCUUUGUUUUAAACCUGCUGCCUAAUAAUUUAAUUUGGUAACCCCCUAAUUCUUGUAUUACGAGAAGGAGUCAACACCACUUGACUGCACACCAGUCAUGAUUUUAUAGACCUCUAUCACAUCUCUGCCCCCCAUCCCCCUUAGUUGUCUCUUUUCCAAGCUGAAAAAUGACCCAUAUGAUAGUCUUUGGUAUAAUGCAAUGGAGACGGUUAGAUAUGUUUUUAUAAACUUCUAAAUAGAUGUAUGCACCAUAGUUCCUAUUCAAUUCAAAAACUCUUGGGAAAGCACAUUUAAAAUGUGAUCUUACCACAGCAAAUUUUUCUCCUGAUAAGAGUAACAGCUGAAGACUGAUGGGUGAAUGGAUUUUAGCUAGAGUAUCAUUCUAACAACUGCUCUAACUGGUUUUCUUGCUUUUACCCUAAUCUUAAGUAGUGAUGUACCAUUUCUUUAUGACGACUCUAUAGAGAGAUAUAUACUAUAGUGACGUUUAUUUCUUAGGAAAUGCACUGAAUACUGUAUUUCUUCUGUAAUGUAAUAUGGGGAGGGGGAAUGCAAGAGAAAAUGUGUAUUUUUGCUAGUAGCCUAUCUUCAACUAAGCACAACUAUUAAAAUGGAUUCAGCUAAUCCAAUAAGAAAUUUAGGGUUUGUAUUUAAAUUUGAUGUAGAGUCUGUGUGUGGAAGCAACUAAAACUUUCUUUUGUGAUUCACAUCUGAGUUAUAAGCAGACAUUGAUGGGGGGUUAUAAUGAAGUGCAAAAUGCAUACACUAGUAUUCAUUAACAUUUGUAAAUUUGUAAAGCCAAAUGUACCAAGCGGAAGUCUUUAAUCAUUUUUAUAGCUGACAGCAUUAAACAUGUUAAACGUUCAUACUAUCAAUAAAGUAUUUUAUUUUUAAGAUCUGA